AAGCGCUUUCGCGGGAUGAAAGUGAUGGGGAAGCCAGGCAAAGGUCAGAGAGGAUGUUCGGCCAGAAGCCUGGGCUGGACGUCAGGUACCAUUUGUGCCUCCGUCUUGCAGCUCCAUUUCAGGCCUCUGUGUCUGUUCCUCAUUUUUCCGCAGACGCUCUAGUGACUCACCCACCCGAGAUUGUUUGAAUUAUGUGUGUGAAGUGCUGUUCGCAGACAAAGGGCUGGAGAAAUCCAAGAUGCUAACUAAAAAGUUGACAUCACUUUCCCUCCGGUAGGAUGGCAGGGGAAGAAAAUUGCCGCGUGGGAGGCCAAGCAGAGGACCAUUCAUUUCCUUUGCUGAAUUAGUUUUCCUCCUUUUGGGACCUUCCUGGAUGAAGCUCAGUUUGUCCAUCUGUGAAAGGGGAGUGUGGAUUUCUUGCCGUUAGGUGGAGCCAGAGGUUAAGCUAGUGCUUGGAGAUCCCCGCCUGCCUGCUGAACCAACCCCCAGGGUGGAGAACUGACAGGUGGCCAAGCGGUGCUUGGGCUGGUUUGGGGCACACAUGCUGAGCCGGCAGUUAGAACCAGAAUCGGAAAGAGCCGAUCACGUGCAGCUGGGAGUCUUUUAUUUUCCGCCUGCGGUUGCCGAGACAAUUAUCGAGCCAUGUCGAAUAUGUCUCUAUAUUAAUUAAGACAGCAGCGGGAAUAAAUAAUGCACCUUUGCAGGAGCUGCCACAGGGACUGCAGGCUCAGGAUUUGCAAGCCGGCUCACCACCGGGCUGAACGAGAUGUCAGCCCAAGGAAGGAACUUAGAUGCCUUGGAGAUUGAUGCCUCGGGGGAGAUACUCUCCAGAGGGGGUGCAAGGUCUGGGCUAGGGGAGCAAAAGGACUCCAUUAUGUUAAAUAAAGCCUGUAUCCUAUGGCAGCAGCCACUAAGGAGCUUACCAGAAUAAGCCAAUGACAUUCCUCGUUUGGCCUGAGCGGCUCAGAGUCAGGAAGUCAGAGCGCAGAAAAUCCAGCAGCUCUCAGAGGGCUCCAUGUUUGGCCACGGCCUGAAGCACCUGUUCCACAGCCGGCGCCGGUCCCGGGAGAGGGAGCACCAGACGUCUCAGGAUUCCCAGCAGCAGCAGCAGCAGCAGCAGCAGCAGGGCAUGUCGGACCAUGACUCCCCGGACGAGAAGGAGCGCUCCCCGGAGAUGCACCGCGUCUCCUACGCCGUGUCCCUGCACGACCUGCCCGCGCGGCCCACGGCCUUCAACCGCGUGCUGCAGCAGAUCCGCUCCCGGCCCUCCAUCAAGCGGGGCGCCAGCCUGCACAGCGGCGGGGGCGGCGGGGGCGGCAGCAGGCGCAGCAAGAGUAGCUCCCUGGAGCCCCAGCGCGGCAGCCCCCACCUGCUGCGCAAGGCCCCCCAGGACAGCAGCCUGGCCGCCAUCCUGCACCAGCACCAGUGCCGCCCCCGCUCCUCCUCCACCACUGACACGGCCCUGCUGCUGGCCGACGGGGGCAACGUGUAUCUCCUGGCCGAGGAGGCCGAGGGCAGCGGUGACAAGGUCGACAAGGGAGACCUCGGAGCCCUGAGCCUCCCCGGAGGCCCUAGCCACGGUGACACUGAUGGUCCCAUCAGCCUGGAUGUGCCAGAUGGGGCCCCAGACCCCCAGCGGACCAAGGCUGCCAUUGACCACCUGCACCAGAAGAUCCUGAAGAUCACCGAGCAGAUCAAGAUCGAGCAGGAGGCGAGGGACGACAACGUGGCCGAGUACCUGAAGCUGGCCAACAAUGCGGACAAGCAGCAGGUGUCACGCAUCAAGCAAGUGUUCGAGAAGAAGAACCAGAAGUCAGCCCAGACCAUUGCGCAGCUGCAUAAGAAGCUGGAGCACUACCGCCGGCGGCUGAAGGAGAUUGAGCAGAAUGGGCCCUCGCGGCAGCCCAAGGACGUGCUGCGGGACAUGCAGCAGGGGCUGAAGGACGUGGGUGCCAACGUGCGUGCGGGCAUCAGUGGCUUUGGGGGUGGCGUGGUGGAGGGUGUCAAGGGCAGCCUCUCGGGCCUCUCGCAGGCCACCCACACCGCCGUGGUGUCCAAGCCCCGGGAGUUUGCCAGCCUCAUCCGCAACAAGUUUGGCAGCGCCGACAACAUCGCCCACUUGAAGGACCCUCUGGAAGACGGGCCCCCUGAGGAGGCGGCACGGGCGCUGAGUGGCAGCGCCACCCUCGUGUCCAGCCCCAAGUACGGCAGCGACGACGAGUGCUCCAGCGCCAGCGCCAGCUCGGCCGGGGCGGGCAGCAACUCCGGCGCUGGACCAGCUGGGGCGCUCGGAAGCCCCAAGUCCAGCGCACUGUACGGGGCCCCCGGAAACCUGGACGCUCUGCUAGAGGAGCUGCGCGAGAUCAAGGAGGGGCAGUCCCACCUGGAGGACUCAAUGGAGGACCUGAAGGCUCAGCUGCAGCGGGACUACACCUACAUGACCCAGUGCCUGCAGGAGGAACGCUACAGGUAUGAGAGGCUAGAGGAGCAGCUCAAUGACCUGACCGAGCUUCACCAGAAUGAGAUGACCAACCUGAAGCAGGAGCUGGCCAGCAUGGAGGAGAAGGUGGCCUAUCAGUCCUACGAGAGGGCACGGGACAUCCAGGAGGCUGUGGAGUCCUGCCUGACCCGGGUCACCAAGCUGGAGCUGCAGCAGCAGCAGCAGCAGGUGGUACAGCUAGAAGGUGUGGAGAAUGCCAACGCGCGGGCCCUGCUGGGCAAGUUCAUCAACGUGAUCCUGGCGCUCAUGGCCGUGCUGCUGGUGUUCGUGUCCACCAUCGCCAACUUCAUCACGCCCCUCAUGAAGACGCGCCUGCGCAUCACCAGCACCGCCCUCCUGGUCCUCGUCCUCUUCCUCCUCUGGAAGCACUGGGACUCCCUCACCUACCUCCUGGAGCACGUGCUGCUGCCCAGCUGAGCGGCCAGCCCACCCCUGCCCCGCGUUCUCCCUGGCCCCGAGGUGGCUAUGCUUCUCCAGGAGGGACCCUGGGAUUCCCAAGUCCCUUGGACUUCUUCAUGUGUCUGGUUUGGCCUCUUGCCCAAACUGUCCAUUCCAGCGGCUCCUGCCCCCUUCUCUGUUGCUUCUGUCUGACGCCUUCUCCCUGCUGGCCUGAGGGGAGCUUCAAGUGCAGCCCUGCCUGGAGACAGUGGGGACAUCUGUGGCCAAACGGAGCAGAGAAGGACACUGGGAUGAGCUGUUCUGAUUACUUCCAGUCACACAAGGACUUCUCCCAGCUGACUCAGGAUGCGGCAAGUCAGGAAAGCCAGUAGGAAUAGGCGCAGGAGAGGGCCCUGCCCCAGCCCUCGACCCUUCUAGGGAAGAGCCCAACCUGGAAGCUCUACAGUUCCCUCCUGCGGAGAGGGUCAGGGUGAAGUCAGAGGGCAGCGGUGGGGGCAAGGCUCUGCUGGCCUCAGAGAAUGCCAGGGGCAGAGGGUAGGCCCCCCCACCAGCCUCCAGGCACCUGCUCAGUCCAUCCCUCCUUCCAGAGCUGGUUUGAGGUUCACUUCUGGGCUGGGCCUUUCCCAGGAUACGAAGGAUGCAGGCUCUGGAGGCCAGGUGGGGUGUGGCUUUUUGGACUUGUGUUUUCCCUGUGAUUCUUUCUGCCUGUCACUGGAUCUGCUCUUUUCAGGGAAACAGGCCCCAGGGGCCCCUGAGCCUCAGCCUAAGCCCUUAGGCCUCUGGGAGCAUGUUGGAUUCUAUUUAUUUAUUUAUUUGUUCCUUUGUACCUGAUCCCCACUGAGCUCCAGGGAGAGGGCCUGCCCCCAUCCUCUCCCGGAAGCCAGGGCUUAUUCUUGGCUGUCCGGCACUUCCAUACCAUUUCGCCUCUGGAUAAUCCUGGCUGGGGGAAACGGGGCAAAGCCACCCAGCCCCACACUCCCAAAGCAGCCCCUCAACCAGGAUGGGAGGAGCGUAGCCUCUCUUUUAUACAUCUAUUUAUUUUGUAUGUGUGUAUUUGUGUGGAGGAAGUUGUUUGUUGCUUUAUUUUUUUAAGGCUCUGGAGUGUUGUGUAUGGUUUCUCUUCACAUCCCAGCCUUCUUCCCACGGGCACUUCCAAGAACAGAGGGCAUUUCUCGCAGAAUGAAAGAGAAAUCCCCUAGAGCGGUGAAUGGUCGUGCCUGUCAGCCAUGGUGGACCUUCCUGAAAAAUAAAUAUCCUCUAAAUUUUCAAAGCA